AUGAUUUUCAGUGAAAAUUUAGCAUGGUUACUUAGGCUUUCCUCACAGACUGUGUAUCUGUCAAAUUUUUUAGGAACGCCGCAGCGGAAAAUUCAGGAAGGAACAAUGGAUGACUACAACUUUUCAAUUUCAGAUAGUUGGUCAUUUGAGAAUGAUAUUCGUAGUGAGGAGAGUGUCUCCCACAAUAGUCGCGAUUAUACACUAGAAUUUACCACCGACCAGAUUUUUGAAAGUAGAGAAGAUAUGUUAGCUUGGGUGCGGAGCGUUAGUCUAAAAUAUGGUAUUGUGGUGGUUAUUUUAAAUUCUGCUAAGUUAAAAGGCGGCAAAUUGCCGAAGUGCAUUCUUGGUUGUGAAAGAGGAGGAAAGUAUGAACUGCCAGGGUAUCUGGUUGAAGGGCAAUCCUUGCAAAGAAACACUGGGACUAGAAAAUGCGAUUGCCCAUUUCAACUGCGAGCCAAACUGGACGGUUUAACUCCUAUUCAGUAUGUCAUACGUCAAUUACUUAAGAAACAUUACCUCCAUCAAUUUCUUACAAAUUCGGAUACUAACGAAAUCACAGAUAUUAUUUGGGUUCAUCCUAUGAGUCUAGAGUUAUCUGUCAACUUUCCGUCUGUACUAAUCAUUGACGCCACGUACAAGACCAAUGAGUAG